AUGCCUGUUCCACCGCAAAUGGCUCCCCUGCCCAUCGCCAGGCUGGCUGCCUACCAACGUCCCUUCACUUACGUCGGUAUCGACUACUUCGGGCCCUUUUUGGUUGCUGUAGGACGGCGAAGCGAAAAAAGAUGGGGCGUUAUUUUCACCUGCCUAACCAUAUGGGCAGUGCAUAUAGAACUGGCGUGCUCUUUGGACACUGCAUCGUGCAUAAUGUGCAUCCGAAACUUCAUCAAUCGGCGCGGGACCCCGAGAGAAAUUUACAGCGACAAUGGCACUAACUUCAAAGCUGCUGAAAAGAUUAUCUGUGACAAAGCGCAGACGAUCAACUUCAACGCCGUGCAACCGGCGUUCGAUGACAUCAAAUGGAAAUUUAAUCCACCAGCCGCUCCUCAUAUGGGGGGAGCAUGGGAGCGACUUGUUCGUUCCGUCAAGACUGUACUCUACGCAAUCUGCCCAGCGAGAAAAUUCACCAGCGAGGGCCUACAAAGCGCACUCUGGGAAGUGGAAUUCAUCCUAAAUUCCAGACCGCUUACUUUUGUCUCUCUGGACAGCAAAGACGACGAGGCUAUCACCCCUAACCAUCUACUACUAGGAUCAGCAAGCGGCUAUAAACCAGUCUUCGAAACCACACAUACCGUACAGCACAUGUGGCAAGCUGUACAAGAAUUCGCCGAUCAAUUCUGGCGACGAUGGGUACGCGAAUACGUUCCAGAUUUAGCCAGGCGAGGAAAAUGGUUUACGAAGAGACCACCAAUAGCAGCUGGAGACGUCGUUGUAAUAUUGGACGAGACUCUGUCCCGAAAUAGAUGGCCAAAAGGUAUAGUCGAGCAAACAAUCCUGGCCAAAGACAACCAGGUGCGUCGAGUGAUCAUCAGAACUGCCAACGGGACUCUUCAACGGCCCGUGGCUAAAGUAGCUGUAUUAGACGUCGGCUGUUUUGGAGCAAAGCAACCCCCUGAAGAGAGCAGCUUUACUGGGGGGGGGAAUGUUGCCGCCGAAAUUCGCUAA